AUGGGUGCCGAGUAUGUGGGAGCUAUGAGGGGAGCAGCUAAAGGAGUCACGAUAGAACUGAGUAUCAAUCGCAUGAGACGGUCGUGGGAAGAGGACGGAGAUAGAAGAGUAGGUAGUAAGACAUGCGUCGGGCUGGUUGGUAGAGUCUGUUUGAGGGGUCUUGUUUACGGCCGGGGUGUGGCGCGGGUCAGCCGUGUGGCUCUCGAGUGGGCGCUGCGACGCGAUGGGAGCAUGCCCGGAGGAGAAAAUGAUUAUCCCAGAGAGUUUGUGUGUGGGCGGUUCCUUUCCUGUCUACGGUGGGGGGGGGGGCAGUUAAGUGAGGUGAGGCUGAGGGGAGCGAGUGCGUCGCCCGGGCGCUACAUCGCCGACAACGAUAGCCAUGGGCGCGAGGUAGAGGAGUCGUGGAGGUCCGCCCCAGGGGUGGAGCGCCGUAGCCGACUAGCCGUCCACGAAGCUCGUGGCUGUGGUCGUCGGGUCUACGAACCGGCUCGCUCUGGGGUAAUUGGUUGUCAGGUACGUGAUGAGUCUGCGUUCGUGGGAGAGGGUGGGGACAUCAGGGUGAGGCACAUCAUGGUGAGGACAUCAGGCUGGGAACAUCAGGGUGGGGGACAUCAGGUGAUGGACAUCAGGGGGGGUGGGGCACAUCAAGGGUGCGGACAUCAGGUGAAGGGACUCAGGGUGGGGCACAUAUCAGGGGUGGGGGUCCGCAUCGAGGGGUGA